GCUAGCAAACAAGCCGACUGCUAGUGUUGUAUCGUUCAUCCCAAAGUUUGGUGGGUUAUUGUCAAGACUUAAUGUUAAGUUUCCCCGCAACAUGAGCGUAAACACUCUAGUACUUCGGAAUACAACGUGUGAUGUGUAUAACUAAUUCUAGGUGUUGUUCGAUUGCUGUGGAAUGGAUUCAUGCAUUAAAAACAUGUACGACGCUUUCAAAGAAAGGUGGAAAGAGCUGGGACCGUUGGACCCAAACUGGUUUGAGUUACUGACAGCCCAAGCUUCUUUGAAUGAAGGAAGUGUUGCCGAUAACGAUGAGUUGUGCGCCAACCAGGAGGGACAUUUCAAGGCUCCUCUGGAGAAGACGGCAACAGAAAGCCAGCUGUUUUCAACCCCUAAAGUUUUCAGACACAGUCGAAUUGUGUCACCAGACACUGCGGAUGGUCCUUCGUUCACAGCUGCACAGGAAAAAGAAACGUUACCAUGGAUGCCAAUGCAAAGUCCCUGUUUGCUUCAGCCGCCAAAGCAGUGUGUCUCUAAUUUAAAAUGUGAAGGUGUUCAGCCUCAGAGUGAGGAGAGUUUUGAUCUUCUGGAUUCCCCAGAGAAAUUCCCCGCUAGCUAUGCCAACCACAUUUCUGAAAGUCUCGGCGCACAGAUCAAUCCUAACAUUUCUUGGACCAGUUCUUUUAAUACACCACCAGCUUUGCCAUCUACUCUAAUUUUAUCUAAAACUGAAGAGAGUCCCUGUCCAGUGAGUGUUACUGCAGACAGAAAGGUUAUUUUUGUACGGAAGCUUUUUCCUUCACUUUCGAAUUCCUCCCUUAAGACAUCAAGAACAGCCCUAGGUCCAGUUUUUCCUGUGACUGAUGCCUGUGCCGAGUCUCCAUUGAACCAGAGUGAAAGUCAUCAACAACAGAAAAUUCCAGAUGCUCUGGAAGGAGAAGUUUGUAGCUCAGAUACCCCUAAAACUUUCUUUGCUAAUAGCAGUUCUGCUCUGAGAAAAGUGAAACCUGACAGGGUUAAACGUAAACAAAUAAUUCAGACAAAUGAAGACGUCUGCAGCCACGAAGAUACCUCAAAAUCAGACAAUGCUGCAUCCAGUGAAGAGGCAAUUGUUGAUCUGAACUCUGGGGGUUUGCCUUCAUCCCCACUGAUGAAAACUGGAGAUACGGCAAUUAGUCAGUGGUCUCCUCUAAGUCUAUCUGAAAUCUCAACUUCUGUGGCGGGAAGCAGUAUGACACUGCCAGGGGACACUGACUCUGUGCAACCAACCAGGCCAACCCUGAAAAUUACCGACUCUGGAUUUACUCAAAAAAAGAGAAAAUUUGUUUACACUAUCACAACCACAAAAUCGCAAGCUUGUGGUCAAGACUUGGAGUUCCAGACAAGAGAUCCCUCACUAAAGAUUUCAGAGUCUGAACAAGAAAACGACAAGUCAUUUGUGAACACCCUAGAUAAAGAAGAAUGUCAGAGGACUAAAAAUCAAAGAAAUAUUUUAGAGGAAACCAUAAAUAGUUCUCUUGGAACAAAACUCCAGCAUAUCGACAUGUCACAACUUUGUCGAGAGUUUGCACAGGACUUCAGCCAAAUGACAGACUUAAAAACUGUGGAGAACACGCAAAGGAACUUCUCUCCUGCGGCAUGUCUGUCUGCUAUGAAACAAGCAAAACAGAACGGAAAGCCAGCUAAUUUUCCCAAAGAUUACAGUUGUAUCAGUAAAGACAGACUCUUCCCUACCAGUAAUCAACCAUGCUCGAUGAGUGAAGUCACUAUGAUUGACAGCGGAUUCCAGUCAGGUGUAGCAGACGUCACCCAUAUGGCUUCCUCGUCAUUUGGUCUUCCCCUCUUAGAGAAUGUUGGCCAAAACCAACCAAAGCUGAGUUUCAAAACUGGUAUGCAUAAUUUCCCCUCAACCAAUGGAAGUAGAAAGCCAAAAUUUGAUGUUGAAGUGCCUGUGCAGACAUCUGACACAGAGCAGGCUCCGGAUCAUGGAAAGGGAAUUGAGUUGCACAUACUGAGCAUGUCAACAGAUGAAUUACGGGACAGAGAAGAAACUGUUGGUGAAAGUAAAUGUACCCAGCCACAAAAAACUCCUAUUUCUUUUCUGCCUGCUGAUGCGUCAGGAUUCAAAACCGCCUCAAAUAAAGGCAUCCACAUUUCCCUUACCAACCUGGAGAAAGCAAAGCAUUUUUUUGAAACGACUGAAGAUCAAAAGUCUUCUCUUGAUAACAGCACAAAAUCCCAUCCUGGCAUUACUUAUAAAAGUAAUUUGAUUCAUAAAGAAACAACAGAUGCAUCAUCUAACUCAAGCCUGCCCGCUUGUGCCGGAAAGUCAUUUGGAAAUAUCAGUUCCCAGUUAACAGCCUCAGAAAAAGCCGAUGUGACGGAACUUUGCAUUCUCUUGGAAGAGGCAGACAGCCAAUUUGAGUUUACACAAUUCAAACCUGCAAAAAAACUGCCUAAUCACGAUAAUCACAAUUCUCCACAAAAAGAAGACAAUGAUCUUGACCCUGCUCUGCUUGCAGAUAUAGACUUUGAUGACAGUUUUAAUUCUGAAGGUGGAAAGCACUCUACAGUCAUGAUGAAUGACAAAGUGGCCUCAGUUUUAGAAAACAGGACACAUGGAGAAACAUCAAAAGCCAUAAAUCAGUGCACAGGAAUGUCAGAUUUGCUGAAAAGGGAAACUCCAUUAAAUUCUUUGUUACGGAACGUUUCUGAAGACAGGGAAUUUCUAAAGUUAGGUAAACCAAGUAUUCUUCCUGGGGCUAAGGACACUGAAGCUACAUAUGAGGAGAACAACAAGGCUUUGAUCCAUAGUGAGGCAUUUAGGACAGCAGGUGGCAAUGUUUUGCAUGUCUCUAAAAAGUGUCUGAACAAAGCCAAAGCUUUGUUUGCAGAUCUGGAGAGAAACUUGACAGAUCAGAUACCUUCUGAUAAGCAGAAAGGGGAAAAUGCUGCCAUAAUAGAAUGGAAAUAUAACCGGGGUUCUGACUCGUUCAGAAAAGAUUCAGAAAGAAAGAAGGAAAACUGGGGUGUCGGAAGCAAAAUUGAGAAUUGCGUUUCCAAAUUAUUUCCAAAUAAAAAUGUUAGAAACAGGAACGACACUAAAAGUGUGAAAAAUAAUGAAAUUGACACAAUAAUCUGUGAAAAUGGUUUCAGAAAGGCCAGUGGAAAAGAAAUCUCCAUUUCAUCUAACUACAUGCAAGAGGCAGAUGCAUUUUUCAAAGACUGCCAUGUAAUGGAGCACAAAGAAAGCAAGAAAAGCUUUUCAAACUUCAAAAGCCCUCAGGUCAGCAUUUCUAAGAAGAGCGUCACUGGAUGCACUAAACUUGAAAAUGUAAAUAUAGCUGUGGUCUCACAUCAUACAAAAGGACAACAUCUGAAUGAAGUGGAAAGAAAUGGCAAGUUUACAGCAGCUUUGAAAAAUGAAGACAGAAAAUCUUUUCUGACUUCAAAGUCGUUCACUAUGCUUCACCCAUCAAAGAGCACGGAUUCAUCUGCUUUUGAAGAGCUGUGCAUAGGUGAUGGGUUUUCUACAGCGGCUGGGAAGAACAUCAGUGUGUUUGCUGCUGCUAUGAAGAAGGAUGAAUCGCUUUUGAAUCAGAUUCACACACCCGAGGAGAUAAACAAAGAAACUAAUGAAAAAGAAAAGGCUUCAAAAACAAAAUGCCUUGGUGAUAAGAUAUCAAACCUAGAUGCUGGUGGUUUCCAAGUUGUUAAUGGAAAAGAAAUUGCAAUUUCAUCAGCAUCUUUAAAGAAAACAACUCUGCUAAGAGAAAGUGAAAAAUCAGAUAAUGAAAUUUGUAUUUCCUCUCAGCAAUCCAGUCCCAAGAUACCAGCUACCCCAGUUACUAAUCUCUGGAGCAGUGGUUUUUCUGCAGCCAGUGGUAAACCUGUUGUCUUGUCAUCGGUGGCCUUGGAGAAGACUCAGACACUGUUCAGUGACAUCAGUUUGAUCAUGGAUAAGGUGGAAGAAUCUGCUCCAGUUAAAAAGGAUAAGAAGCAUCAAACAGAACCAGAAAAAAUAUGCUCUGGUUUUACAACUGUAGGAGGAGAAAAUGACCAAAUGUCACAGGAAAAAUUUGAUGAUUGGGUUUUAGCCAAAGCAGUGCAAGAGGAAGAUGCUCUCUCCACCGAUGGUGUAAUGCUGGAGAGUGUGGGGAGCAAGAAGGAAGAUGAAAAACCUCAUGCAGAUCAAAGAUUUAGAACAAACACAUCUGUAGAGGCUGGGAAAGGAUGCUUGAGGGAUGCAGAUAAAGAAAAGAAACACAACAAGAACCUUUUACCACAAACAAGCUGUGGAUUUAAGACAGCAAGUGGGAAAAAAGUUGAAGUUUCAUUUGAAGCUCUGAAGAAAGCAGAAAACUUGUUAGGUGACUGUGUAGGAGUCAUGGAUACUGUGAAUGUGGCACUGCCAGAAUCCAAGGCUAUUGAUCUUCCAGUCAGAAAUGAUGGAUUUCAAUCUGCCAGCAGUAAACCUGUAGCACUUUCAUCAGAGGCCCUUCAAAAAGCAAAAUUUCUCUUCAGUGACAUCAGUUUCAGACCACAGGACCCAAAUACUUCACAGGUGAAGAAAAGUGGCAAGAAUCAAAACACUAGCAACAAUACAGAGAAAAUGUCUUGUGGUUUCACAACUGCAAGAGGGGAAAAAGUUGAUGUGUUGCAGAAAAAUCUUCAAAAGGCAAAAGUACUUUUCAAAGAACUUGAUGAUCAGGUUUUAAGCAAAGUGGCGCAGGAGGAAGAUGCUUUCUCACCACCUUUAAAGAAAGCAACUCUGCUAAGAGAAUGUGAAAAAUCAGAGAAUGAAAUUUGUUUUUCCUCUUCCAACUGUGAUAUGGACAUUAAUAAGGAAAUGUCGGAAAAUGACUUAAAGGGUAAAGUACAUAUGCAGAGAAGCAGAAAGGCAGGUCUUGCAAAAUGUUACACAGAUGACAAGAUGAGGGUAAGCAUUUCUAUCCCUGAGUACUCCAGUGAUGCAAACAAACAAGUGGAACAAAGAGAAAACAUUUUACCGCAAGCAAGCCGUGGAUUUCAAACAGCCAGUGGGAAAAGAGUCGAUAUUUCAUCUGAAGCCCUAAAGAAAGCAGAAAACCUGUUUUGUGAGUUUGAAGGAAUUUGGGAUAAAACAAAUGCAAUGUCAUCACAGUCCAAGUCUUCUGCUCUUUUACUCAGAAACAGUGGGUUUCAUUCUGCCAGCAGUAAACCAGUGGCACCUUCCACUGAGGCUGUUCAAAAGGCAAAAUCCCUCUUUGGUGACAUCACUUUCAGUACGGAGGACUCGGAUUUUUCACAGACAGUAAAAGCUGAUGGGAAACUAGACAGUCGAAGCAAAACUGAGAAAAUAUGUUCUGGUUUUACAACCGCAAAGGGAGAAAAAGUUGAUGUGUCGCAGAAAAAUCUUCAAAGGGCAAAAUUCCUCUUUAAAGAAGUUGAUGAUUUCACUUUAACAAAAGCAAUGCAAGAUGCAGAUCAGUUUUUCAACCAAGUAGAAGGUUGGACUAUGGACAGUAACAGUGAAAAAUCAUCAGAACAAACUAAUGCGGCACCUGUUGAUGAAAGUGGCAGCAUUAAGGGAAACAUGUCCGAAUUCAGAACAAAUACCGGCAGUAUUUGUGAAGAGCCUGAAAACGGUUCUAUCAAAGCAAAACGGAAGGAAGGUGGAUUUCAGAUGGCAAGUGGAAAAACGGUUGCUGUUUCAUCUGAAGCUCUGUUGAGAGCAAAACUUCUGCUGAGUGAAAACAAAGCAGAUGAGGAGAGCACUUGUGUUUUUGCAGCAAGUGGUAAACCAUUUUCACAUGAGGCCUUACAGAAAGCAAAGACUUUCUUUAGCAUUGGUGUGAAGUCAUUACCUUCAGCAGCAGACAGUCGACGUGACGACCACAUAGAAAACAAGUCUCACUUGUCAAUUCGCGAUUCAAAUGCUAAAAGCAGCAACCAGAUAUCUGACAUUAUAGAGACAAAUAAAUCUUCAGACCCAAAAUUUCAGUCACUAAACCUCACUGGCUGUACAGAAACACAGCACAAGUUUCUUGCCCAGGAAGCUUUGGAUUGCACAAAAGCCUUACUAGAAGAUGAAGUACUAGUUGGUCAAAGUUUGUUGACGACUUCAGAAAAUUUGCAACUGCAAGAUGACCAAGAAUUAAAUAAAAAAUCAGCUGAAGGGGACAAAGGGAGGAAAAGAAGUGCUGAAGAUCUCACUGCUCAGCCACCUUCUAAAAGAAGGUUACUAGAAGAGUUUGACAGAACGGCUGAUAAUCCACGAGGUUCAGGACUCCACCCAGUGAAAAGUGGCCCAAAUGGGAUAAUGGACCGGAGUGUUUUCAGGUACAGCACCUUUCUUCAUCCAAACAUUACAAAGCCAAACAGGGAUGCAAAAAGCUUUGUGGACACAAGAUUACAAAGGACAAUCCAAAUGCCGCAUUCUGACCAAGGAGAUAGUCGAUCUGCAGCCUGCAAGAUGCUGACAUUUGUCCCUCCGUUUUUCAGAAACACAAAGAAAGAUGCACUCAAUAAACCAGAGGCCAGAGACCGCAAAAAAGUGCCUGCAUUUGUUCCACCAUUCAAAAAACCAAAGGUUGUCCAACAAGAAAGCUUCCCUAAACAACAGGAGGACAAUAAGCAGCAUCACUCUUUAUGUUUGGAGACCAACAGCAAAACAGAUGCACCACUUACUAAAACAACCCAAAGCUGUGAAGAAGUUGUCACUUUUGCCAGCACUUCAAACUCUAAGAUAAUUAAUCAAAGUGUUCCUCUAAAAGUGGGAUCUAUCAGCUCUACUCAAAUGCUACAUGUGGAUGACAAGUUUUCCGGAAGCCAAGACAAGACUGAGAACUUUGGACUGGCCCGGGACAUGCAGGACAUGAGGAUUAGGAAAAAGAAGCGGCAGAUCAUUCGACCAGUGCCUGGGAGCUUAUUUUUGACAAAAACCUCAGGGGUGACGAGAAUCCCAUUAAAAGCUGCGGUCAAUGGAAAUAUCCCAGCAAGAUACUCGGCCCAAAAGCUGUAUGAGUGUGGAGUCCAUAAGUAUGUUCCAGAGAUCACCGGUGAGAACGCUGAAUCAUUUCGCUUCAAUUUGCUGCAAUUCGUCAAACAAGAAACAUUAGCCAAUGGAGGUGGUGUUCAACUCGCUGACGGAGGCUGGUUGAUCCCCAGGGAUGACUGGACAGCCGGAAAAGAAGAAUUCUAUAGAGCAUUAUGUGACACUUCUGGAGUGGAUCCCAACCUGAUCAGUGAGCAGUGGGUGUACAAUCACUACAGGUGGAUUGUGUGGAAGCAGGCCUCCAUGGAGAGAUCAUUUCCAGAAACAAUGGGCAGCCUUUGCCUCACCCCAGAGCAGGUUCUCCUCCAGCUUAAGUACAGAUAUGAUGUAGAGGUGGACCACAGCCGCAGACCAGCUUUGAGGAAAAUCAUGGAAAGAGAUGAUACGCCGGCCAAAACUCUUGUUCUCUGUGUCUGUGAGAUCAUUUCUCAAGGUCAGCUACAUGCACAAAGCUGCAGCAACACUAAGAUGUCACAAAAUGCUGAAACCAAGGUGGAAACUCCAGUUGCGGUCGUGCGGCUUACAGAUGGCUGGUAUGCCAUCAAAGCUCAGCUGGAUGAGCCAUUGACUGCAAUGCUUCACAAAGGUCGGCUUGCUGUUGGUGGCAAAUUGGUAAUCCAUGGAGCACAACUGAUAGGAUCACAAGAUGGUUGCUCCCCUUUGGAAGCACCAGAUUCUUUAAUGUUGAAGAUAUGUGCCAAUAGCACUAGACGUGCACGGUGGGAUGCUAAGCUGGGAUAUUACACAGAUCCACGACCAUUUCUGCUUCCAGUCUCCUGCUUGUAUAGUAAUGGAGGGCCAAUAGGAUGUGUUGACAUCUUCAUACUGAGAAGCUAUCCCAUGCAGUGGAUGGAGAGGAAAUCUAACGGAGGUGUUGUGUUUAGGUCCGUUUGGGCAGAAGAGAAGGAGGCAAGACGAUUCAACAGCCACAAACAGAAAGCAGUAGAGUUGCUGUUUGCCAAGGUUCAAGCUGAAUUUGAAAAAGAAGAAGAAGAAGGGAGUAUCAAACGUCAGCGCAGAAGGCAAACGGUUGGCAAGCAAGAUAUCGGGAACCUGCAGGAAGGAGAAGACUUGUAUGAAGCACUUGGAGAUGAUCCUGCUUACCUGGAGGCUCAUUUAAGUGAACAACAGCUGGAGAGUCUUCAGGCCUACAGGCGCUCACUGAUGGAAAAGAAGCAGGCUGAGCUGCAGGACAGAUGCCGGCGUGCUCUUGAUGCAGAAGACAAUGAAAUGAGCUGUCCAAAAAGAGAAGUGACACCUGUUUGGAGACUUUGCAUCGCUGACUCAAGGAUUCAGUCCAGCUGCGUUUAUCAGUUAAACCUUUGGCGGCCUUCUUCAGACCUCCAGUCUUUGCUGAAGGAAGGUCGUCGAUUCAAAGUGUAUAACCUUGUUGCCUCUGAUGGAAAGAGACGUAGCAGCGUUGAAACUGUUCAGCUGACCGGGACGAAGAAGACACAGUUCCAGGAACUUCAGGUGUCCCAAGAAUGGGUGUCCUCGCAUUUUUGGCAAAGAAUCUCCACAGAUUUUGUAGAUCUUCAGAAUGAGGAUUUCAAGCCUCUGUGUGGAGAAGUUGAUCUCACAGGAUUAGUCAUCAGUGUUGUAGAUCAACAGGGUUCCUCUCCUGCAUUUUAUUUGGUUGAUGGGAAAAAAAUUUUUGUGAAAGUUCGCUGCUUCAGCAGCUUGUCUCAAGCUGGCCUUGAAGACAUAGUGAAACCACGUGUUCUUUUGGCACUGAGUAACCUGCAGCUCAGAGGCCAGUCUAUACACCCUACUCCAGUUCUCUAUGCUGGGGAUCUGACUGCCUUCUCUACAAACCCCAAGGAGAUUCAUCUACAGGAAUCCCUUAACCAACUCAAAAAUGUGGUACAGAGUCAGGACAACUUCUUUAUGACUGCUGAGGAAAAGCUUGCCCAUUUAAUCAAGACUGAUGGAUCCUGCUCUUUAUCCUUCCAACCCCAAACGCCAGUCGGCGUUAGAAGACAAGACUCAAAGACAAAUGUGGCCUUUCUGAAACCAAUCAAAAACCUCGGAUCGUUUACGCCUGUCAGCAGUAACCUUCCAGCUGCAACAUCUUCAACAGAAAAAGACUCCAAAAGCUUGAAAAGAAAAAGAGCUUUGGAUUAUCUUUCUCGCAUCCCGUCUCCACCACCCAUCUCCCCCCUGGGCUCAGUGGUGUCUCCUUGUGUAAAUAAAACGUUCAACCCUCCUCGAAGAUCAGGGCCUGUACAGACUGCUGCACCAAAAGCAACUGAUUCUCUGGUGGAGGAUGAAUGGGUGAAUGAUGAGGAACUGGCUAUGAUUGAUACUCAGGCGUUGCAUGCUGGCAAUUUAUUUUAGUAUAUAUAUGUUACAACUGUAGAGAGAAAUAGAUGUGAAAACGUUGUUGCUUAAAAUCUUGUGGUUGCAUUUGUCAUGUCCUUACAAAUUGCUCUUCACAUUAAAAGUAGUGAAAUUGCUCUUCACAUU